AGUAGUGAGCUAUUGCUGAUUAAAUCCUGCCUGGAACCCACGAAGAAGACUGCAGCCUCACCAUGGCGGAAACAGAGCAGCAGUCAGGAUCCACUCCUGAGGAUGAAGCACCUGAAGUCUCCUACAUGGUGCCCAAGAAGGAAAUCAGCAUGGUGCCUGACAUGGGCAAGUGGAAGCGAUCUCAAGCAUAUGCCGACUACAUGGGCUUCAUCCUGACACUGAAUGAAGGUGUGAAGGGAAAGAAGUUCACAUGUGAAUAUAAAGUGUCUGAGACAGUGGAGAAGUUACUAGAUCUUUUGGAUACUCUUGACCGAUGGAUAAACGAGACCCCACCUGUCGACCAGCCGUCACGCUUUGGUAAUAAGGCCUACAGAACCUGGUACGCCAAACUAGAUCAGGAAGCAGAGGUCUUGGUGUCAGCUGUGCUCCCUGCUGAUAAAUGUGCGGCAGCUCCAGAGAUAGCUGUCUAUCUGAAAGAGUCUGUGGGGAACGCCACCAGGAUAGACUAUGGAACAGGUCAUGAAGCUGCUUUUGCUGCGUUCCUCUGCUGCCUCUGCAAGGUCGGAGCUCUUAGGGUUGAUGAUCAGCUGGCUAUUGUUUUUAAGGUUUUUAACAGGUAUUUGGCAGUGAUGCGGAAGCUGCAGAGGACCUAUAGAAUGGAGCCAGCUGGGAGCCAAGGUGUGUGGGGCCUGGAUGACUUUCAGUUUCUGCCCUUCAUCUGGGGAAGCUCCCAGUUUGUAGAUCACCCAACACUGGAGCCUCGGCACUUUCUUGAUGAGAGGGUGGUGAGUGAGCAUCACCAAGACUACAUGUUUCUGGAGUGCAUCAAGUUCAUCAAUGAGAUGAAGACAGGUCCGUUUGCAGAACACUCCAACCAGCUGUGGAACAUCAGUGCUGUUCCUUCCUGGUCCAAAGUCAACCAGGGCCUGAUCAGAAUGUACAAGGCCGAGUGUUUGGAGAAGUUCCCUGUGAUCCAGCACUUCAAAUUUGGUAGCCUGCUGUCCAUCCAGCCAGUGAAGCCUUGACUCUGACGCCACGCACACGAUGGAAAGACCAAAAUCCCAACAGUUGGAACCAACAGUUUUCCCUUUCCUCUGGCAUCCUCACAUGCAAAUCCAACAGUAGCAGAAAUCAACCACAUGUAGUUUGACACACACAAUUCCACAUGUGCACACAUGUGGUCAUGAAAGCUUGUUGGCCAUCCAUAACUUUAAUGCGGAGCAUGUUGUGGAUGAGCUUUGUGAUUUUGGAGCAUCUUUAUAUUUUUGUCAUUUUAUUUAUAUAAUGGAUAGAGUUUGAAUUGGGCCCUUUUUUGGAGGGAUGUAGAGAUUAUCUUUUGAAGUGUGCUCAUUGAUGCUUAAUGCUUGAAUUUACCUCAGAGUGUAGAUCCUCAUGAGCAGUAGGCUCAUUCAGAGUGAGGUGAUACAAAUAAGACUGUGUGACUUCUUCAAAAAAAUGUUGUCAUAGUUUCUUCUUCAGUUUUAGGUAUUUUCUUGGUUUUGCUUUUAUGGCCAAAUGUUUUAAUUUUAUUGCAAAUGUACCAAUAUUUUUAACUCCUCAUUCAUCCCAACAUGUAAGUCACAUCAAGAAUUUGCUAAGAAAUAA